AUGGUCGCCAAAAAGGCAGCUGGCAAGAAAGCUAGCGCCCCAUCGUUCGACUCUAUUAUCGAGGCCGAGCGCCUUAAUCGCAAAAAGCAAGAGAACCAAGCCCUGGCAGACCAGUUGUUAGGCAGUAAAAAGAGAAGAGCCAGUGCGCCAGGGCCGGGAGUUGGUAGCAAGAAAACGCCCGCCGACAGGAGCCUUGCAAGCAGAAUUGGUGUCGUAAAGCGCUCAGCGUCGACAUCCUCGAAACCCAAAGCCAACACAAUCGCUACCGCUCGCGCCACAGCCAAACAAACCACACCUGCUAAAGCAACCUCACGCCGCACACGAGAAGAUCGCAUGAUAGAAGAUAUCAAUGGCAAGAAAGAUGUGAACUUGGCUCCUCGCAAACAAACAGAGAUUACAAUCAAGGGAACCGCUGCUACAGGACCAUUUGUCGUCGUUGGAAGGAAUUUCGCUCCGGGUACCAAUGCCGCCGAUAUUGAAACUGCGAUGGAGCCUGUCGCUGGACAUAUCGUUGGUGUUCAUAUAACGUCGUAUACGCCAUAUGUCAAUGCACAGAUUGCAUGCGCUGAGAAAUGGGGUGCGGAAGCUAUUGUGGCACAGUUCAAUGGGAAAAAGGCGGACGGUCGAAUCCUCUCAAUCGAAUACAGAGGUGGUGGCAGUCACUUCUUUGGCCCUACUUCUGGCAAACGUACAGCACCCAAUAGCUACGACACCCUCAGAGAACAAGCCGACCGCGAACGUCGAGAGAGGAAGAAAGUGGUCGAGCCUCAAAGUCAAGAUGGAAGAAAUGAAUUCAGUGACUCUAAAGGACGCCCCAGACGAGCCGAUGGUCGCACUAAUGACAACAUGGAAUUGUAUAGCGACAAGAUGAUGGUCGAUGCUCCUUCCGCACCAAUCUCGAAGCGUGGUCGUGGAUUUCGCUGA